AGCAAAAAUACACAACAGACUCUCCAACAUGAAGAAGUCCGUUAUUUUCAGCUUCCUCUUGUUUUCAACUACCCUCUCUUUGGUUCCCUUUGUAACCUUUUCAUCAGCUUUCACUUCCGAAAAUCCCAUUAUUCUGCCCACUACUACUGAUGACAAUGGUCGACGCCCUGUCCCUACACUUCCUGAAGUACUGGACAUAAACGGCGAACCCCUCCACGUCAGCCAAGAGUACCACAUUCUCCCCCUUACCUGGGGAGCUGGGUGCGGGGUCAUAGACUCAGCCAAAAUCGGAAACACCAAAUGCCCAAACGCCGUUGUCCUGCAAGGUGGGGACGCUAAACUAGGCCUGCCCGUUAAAUUCUUUAUUAGUAAUGGUGAGAGGACUGCAAAGGAUGUUGUGCGUGAAACUAAUCAGAUUAAUAUUAUGUUCUCGAUUCCAAGCACACCAACCUGUGAUAACGGAACCUUUUGGAUGGUUGGUGACCCUGACAUUACUGCACGGGGGCUUAGGUUUGUGUUAACUAGCCGUGUGGUACUAGCUCCAGACGGCGAUUUCACGAUUGAAAAAUUAACUAAGAAAUCACCGUUUUACAAGAUAAAGCAUUGCCCUAGCCGAUCUAUUUGCCCAACCUGCCCUUGUUCAGAUGUGGGCUUGACAUCCCAUGGAGGACACAGGCGUCUGGCUCUUACUAAACAGCCUUUAAUUGUUGUCUUCAAUAAAGUCCAGAAGAGUACUACUGAUGCGUAAUUAAUUAUGCUUUUAACCUGGCUUUCUAAAUUAUGUGGAAUUCGAUAUUUCGCUCUAUGUAUUAGUACUUCUUAUGAAGCAUAUAUAUGAAUAAAGAAUCGAGGUCCUACAUUUAUUAA